AGUAAACCAACUUCUUCUUCAGCUUCUUGAUCUUCAAACUGAGGUAUCGUCUUAUAAGAGAAGCUAUGAGCCUUUCCUAUGCCUUCAAAAAAUUCCCAAAACAUCUUGAAACCAUGUCUUCUACUUGCUUUACUAAGCCAGACACUACCAGCCUCGUCUGAGCAAAUCUGGCAAAAUAAACCAUGGAUUCGAAAGUAUCCAUGCAGCCGCGGAUAUCAAGGCGUAGCUUCAAUUGAGACCACGCCAUUUUGGAUCGACAGCUUUCGAGGAUCGUGGAUUUUUGAUGCAGAGAGUAGUUCAGCGAGUUUGGAGUUGGACAUCCUCGCGGUCCAUAAUGCAUCGCUCAUGAGCUGUCAAGACAUUGACGUUUCUUCACUGAGAAACUCGGUUGACUUUGAAGUUCUCGGCCACGCAGUUGGUAAGUUGGAGAAUUUCUCGAAUAAUUGUCCUUUACCUAUCACUGAUACUUUGACGCCGAUUGGACAGACGCGUCUGAGCUCCUAUCACCUGCUUUACAGCUUCCAAAGCACACAUAGUUUUCAAACCCUAGAAUCAACGUUCCGCUUCAGACAAGACGAUGGCCAGGAAUUGGACUGCGGGAAGGCGAAAAUCACCCCGGAAUUGGGUGACAGGAUCUCAUCAGUUUUGACAUUCGUGCCACUCAGCAUUCUCAUCGCCGUUACGCUCUCCUCAUGGCGAGUGAACCAGAGCAGUCUCACAUAUGCCCAUGGCCUCAAUGCUAGCUCGUUGUGGUCAGUUGCUCUGGACAUAACGAGCUAUCUUCGCUAUCUGCAGUUCGCUUUCAUAACGGCAUCGAUGAGCGUUGAAUACCCCGGCUUCUUUGUUCCUGCAGUGAGCAAACUCUCCUGGGCAUCUCUGCUAUACUGGCCAGGUCCAUUUAGCAACGGAUAUAUGUAUGAGGGACCGACCGGCGGUAUGUACGCCAGCAAUGCCUCUUAUGGACUUGGUUUCAUGACGCAGAUGCUUCGAUACCCGAAUAUGCUUAAUACCCUGGCGAACUCCCUUAUUAACCUUAUAAUAUUAAUCGCUCCAAUAUUCUUUCUCUUACUUCUCUCAUCCUGGGCUUUCUCUCCUUCGAGUUCGGUGCAUUCCUUGCCUUUUCUUUUGAUACUCCAGAAGGCUGCCUGGACAACUAUUGGCGUUGCACUGUGCUUCUUCAGUGUGCCGUUACUUUCAUACAUCUCCUACGAUCUUAUCCUUAUUGGUUACUUACCAAACUAUCGCAUUGGCUUAGCCGUCAUCAUGCUGCUAAUAAUCCUUGGAGCUGGUCACUUUCUCGUCCAAGUGCUGGAUGAACAGAGAGGCGACCACCUGAAACCUCCACGAGUCAACCGUUUAGAAACAAAUAACCCCAAUGUGGAUUUCCAUACAAUAUGGCGGUUACUCUCGCGCCAUAUUCCACAUACAAUGCCACUUUUACAAGCCAUUGGCGUUGGUGGCCUUCAAGCCUUUCCUCUUGCCCAGCUCUUCAUGUUGAUUGUUUGCGAAGCCUUUGUUAUUGUUUCGCAGUUAACCUCAAAACGAAGCCUGCUGGUAAGAACAUCAACAAUGGUUUACAUAUCAGUCGCACGGUUAAUAAGCUUGUUUCUUAUCAGCAUUUUUGCUAUGCCCAUUAGCGAUGCCGCGAGACAAUGGAUUGGAUAUGUGGUAUUGAUUUUGCACAGCCUGGCCAUACUUGCUGGAUUCUUCAUCAAGCAUGCUUGGAAGUUAUACGAGACAGUAUUCAGAGGUGAAGCUGCCGAUCAGGAUUCCUCAAGCCACUCUAUCAGUGGAGAGUCUAAUCUAGUUGCUUCUAUCCACAUGGAUUCUUUAGAAACACAUUCGGCCGCGGAUCUACUCGAGUAUCGUCAGGCCCCUAGCAGAGAAUCGUUAAGGUGUGGCUUUGAACCAGAUCCAUCGACAUUUUACAGACCACCGAGGUCAGGAGCAACAAGCCCUGCUUAUCACGCACCUCGACCAGCCGCUGUUUUAACAAUUCCAAUAUCACAAGGAACCGAGAACAGCAGCCCUAGCAAAGGGCACUUUAGCAUAGAUUUGGCCCUGUCAGAGGUGGCAAUUCAGCCGGGCGUCGACUACUCAUUUCGCGAGUCUGACAGGUUCUAUGGUAUUGAUGAAGAAAGGGUAUUUGUCUCGUCAACGCCAACUCGAGACGUGGAUUCAAAUGCAGGCCCUUCGUCAGGCAUGGUGCAUGAUGAAACGAGUAGGAGUCAAUUGCAGAAUAAACUGGUGGCUGGGCUUACAAACGCAUUUACUAAGCCCAGGCCAAAGAUACAGGAGAAGGGAUUCCAGGUUAAGAGACCUCCUAGGCCUCACUGAUCGAUAGGAAAUAUAUGAACCCUUGUAUAAUGUAUAAUGACUAAUAUACGUGGCUGAAAUCUUCU